AUGAAGUUUUUCGCGAAAUUGCUAGACUACCCUAGCAUGCUGCUGGCCGGCAAGCCAUCCAGGGUCGACCGUGGCAUGCUGCUCAUGGGUGUCGUUUGCGCCAUCGCGUCUGGGGUCCCGUUUCCCUUGAUCGGGAUCGUCUUCGGCCAGCUGCUGGAUGAUUUCAACGCAGUGACCUGUCAGGAGACCAAGCAAACGACAGAAUCUGACGCACAAGCUCAGAGUGAUAUGAACGGCAAGAUCUUGUUGAUCGUGUAUCUGGCCAUCGCCCAGUUCGUCACCAUCUACCUCCACCUGACCUGCUGGACUAUGACCGGCGCGCGACUGGCGCAGAGACUACGGGAGAGCUAUUUGAAGAAUUUGCUUCGUCAGGAGCCAUCCCAUUUUGAUAAGCUGCCUCCGGGCGAAAUCGCGUCCAGGCUCAAUGGCGACAUUCAGACUAUCCGCUCGGGUACGUCCGAGAAAGUCGGCAUCUGUCUGUCGAGCUUCUCCUUCUUCGUGACCGCAUACAUCGUGGCCUUUAUUAAAGACUAUAUCCUCGCCGCAAUGCUCCUCUCCCUGAUUCCUGCCUACUUUAUCAUGUCCUUUGUGGGUAGUCAUUACAUCGAGAAGUACUCCGCGCGCAUGUCGGACUAUGCGGCCUCGGCGGCCUCCAUCGCCUCCGAGGCGUUGUCCAACCUGAUCGUGGUUCAAUCGUUUGGUGCCAACACGCGCCUGGAGGAAAAGUUCUCCAAGGCGCUCAAGUCGUCGGAGCAGGAAGGUCUGAAGAAGGCCACCGCUGUGGGAAUCCAGUCCGGUGUCUUGUACUUUGUGGCGUAUUCCGCCAACGGCCUCGCAUUCUGGCAGGGGAGUCAACGGAUCGCCGACGCCGUGCAGUCCAAGUCCAACGGGACCACGGUGGGCUCCACGUUCACUGUCAUCUUUAUUCUCAUUGAAGCGACCCUUUUACUGAGCCAAGUCGCCCCCUUUCUGCAUCUGUUCACCGCUGCAGUCGCCUCCUACAGCAAGCUGCGCGGCGAUAUCGACCGAGAGCCUCUUAUCGACGGUACGACAGACGCCGGCAUUCGUCUGACACAGGCGGAUGGCGGUUUCGAGCUCGAGAACGUAUCUUUCAUCUACCCCUCUCGGCCAGAGAUCACCGUGCUCGACCAAGUUAGCCUCUCCAUCCCGGCCAAGAAACACACUGCGCUGGUCGGUCUCUCAGGUAGCGGCAAGUCCACGAUCGCCGGCCUCGUCACCCGGCUGUAUGAUCCCAACCAGGGUCGAGUGCUAUUCGACGGCCAGGACCUGCGCGAUAUCAACACCCGCGACCUGCGCGGGUUCCUCAGUCUCGUCCAGCAGGAGCCUUCGCUGCUCGACCGAUCACUCCUGGAGAACAUCGCUCACGGCCUGGUGAACUCCAAGAACCCGGCCCAUGCAGCCCUGCUCCCGGCGCUGCUCAGCACCGACCUGGCCGACGUGGCGAGCGAGGUGCGCGACGGCGCGGACUUAACGACCGCGGCUCAGAAGCGUGGCGACCUCGUCGUCGAGAUCGUCAAUCUGGUCAGAACGGCCGCGACGCUAGCGGACGCGGACGCGUUCAUCGUCGCCUUGCCGCAGGGAUACGGAACGUUGGUGGGCGCGAGCGGCCGGCUCAUCAGUGGGGGCCAGCAACAGCGAGUGUCGUUGGCUCGUGCCCUCGUCAAAGAUCCGGAGGUUCUCGUCCUGGAUGAAGCGACGGCGUCGCUCGAUUCCCGCAGUGAGCAGCGCAUCCAGAAUGCUAUUUCCAGUAUAGCAAGUGGCCGAACUAUGAUUACGAUUGCGCAUCGCCUGUCGACCAUCACCAGCGCCGAUAACAUUAUCGUUAUGCACCGCGGACAUAUCGUUGAACAGGGAGACCACGCCUCUCUCAUGGCUAAGAAUGGCACGUAUGCGGAGAUGGUAAGGAUGCAAACACUGACCUCUAGUCCGGAACAGGACACAGAGGCUUCCAGUGUCGAUACCGGCCGCCAGUCGCACCAGGAUCCUUCCCCCAUUACAGAGGAUGCGGACGACGCUGGCUGGGCCGCUGUUGAUCCCCAAGAGAAAGCGAAUAUCGUUACGGUCGCGACGAGCACGACUCCAGACCAGGAGACAGCGGACAACGACGAGGAAGAGCCCCCCGCACCACCCAAAACCCUCUGGGAGCUGGCUUGUGGCUAUGCGCCAACGCUGCGACCGCAUCUGUUGGUUAUUACCCUGGCCCUGUUGGGCGCCAGCCUCGUCGGUGGGGCCUUCUCCGGCGAAGCGGUCAUCUUUGGCAACACCGUCGGCAGUCUGAAUCCCUGCAAGGGCCCGUCAGCAAUCCGGUCCGACGGCAACUUCUACGGACUACUGUUCUUCGUGCUGGCCAUCAUUGAGUUCUUCGCCAACGUGGUGAGCUGGUCUGGGUUCGGAUGGACGUCGGAGCGCAUCGUCUGCACGGUGCGUAUCCUCUCCUUCCGCUCCCUGUUUCAGCAGGACCUGCAGUGGCAUCAGUCUAAGGGCCGCUCGCCGGCCCUACUGCUCUCGUAUAUCACGCGCGAUGGCAGCGCGCUGGCAGGGCUGAGCGGCUCCGUCCUCGGCACGCUCUUCUCUAUCACCGUCAACCUCAUCGCGGCCAUUAUCCUGACCCACAUCAUCGCGUGGAAGAUCGCUCUCGUCUGCCUGGCGCUGGUGCCGCUGCUCCUGGGCGCCGGCUUGAUGGAGCUGCGCGUGCUCGGCCGGUUCGAGGACCGCCAUGAGAACGCAUACACCAAGUCUGUGGACAUCGGUGUCGAGGCCAUCACCUCCAUCACGACCAUCGCCGCACUCUCGCUCGAAACGGACACCCUAACCACAUACCGGCGCUCCCUGCGGGGACCCCGUAAGGAGACCCGCGCCGUUACGAUGCAGGCCUCCCUCUGGCAAGCCAUGACCUACUUCCUCGGCAAUCUGGUCAACGCCCUGGCCUACUGGUGGGGUGCGAAGCAGAUCAUCGCCGGCACUUACACCCAAACCCAGUUCCUCAUCGUCGUCUUCUCACUGCUCGUCAGUGCCCUCCUGUGGAGUCAAAUGUUCGCUCUCGCCCCGGAACUCUCCAGCGCCCGCGCCGCCAUGGCGCGCAUCCUCACUCUGAUCGAAGCCGGCUCCGACGGCAUGCAAGGACACGUCCCGACCACCACCGCCCUCGACGAGAAGACAAACCUCUCCGACCCCGAGAAAGCCACCUCCGGCCAAUCCAGGGGCAUCUCCGCUCCCCCAACCGCCGCCGCCAGCGUCCAGCUCCACAAUGUGCACUUCGCCUACCCCGCCCGCCCCCACACCCCCGUCCUGCACGGACUCAACGUUACCGUGCAACCGGGCCAGUUCUGCGCCCUCGUCGGCCCCAGCGGCGCCGGUAAAUCCACCAUCAUCUCGCUCAUCGAGCGCCUAUACACCCCACAAGCCGGAUCCAUCCUCAUCGACGGCGCCGACGUCACCCGUCCCAACCACGACCCCAACUUCCGCGACACCAUUGCCCUCGUGCCGCAGGAGAAUGUCCUCUUCGAGGGCACAGUGGCCUUCAACAUCGGGCUGGUCGCGCGACCCGGCCACGCCGCGUCCCUGGAGGAGAUUAUCGCCGCUUGCAAGCUGGCGCACAUCCACGAGACGAUCGAGGCGCUGCCGGACGGGUACGAAACCAUGUGUGGACCGAACGGGAGCCAGUUCUCCGGCGGGCAGAAGCAGCGGCUUUCGAUUGCGCGGGCGCUCGUUCGGCGUCCGCGGCUGCUGAUUCUGGAUGAGUCGACUAGUGCGCUGGAUGCGGAGAGCGAGCGGUUGCUGCAGCAGGGGCUGGAGACGGCGGCGCAGGGCAUCACGCUUAUUGCAAUUGCGCAUCGGCUCCGGACGAUUCAGCGCGCGGAUGUGAUCUUUUUGAUUGAGGGGGGAGUGUGUGUUGAUUCGGGCAGUCAUUCGGAGCUGCUGGGGAGGUCGGACAGUUAUCGGGCGAAUGUUUUGCAUCAGACCGUUGCGACGUAG